CUCAAAAACAUUCGCCCAGUCGAACGCGGAGGGGGAUUUGGAGCUUCGUUUGUGGGGAGCAGGAGGAACCCAGAUCGCUAUUGCUUGCUGGGAUAUCGGAAAGCUGGAGAAACAAAAUUGAGGGACAACAAACGUGCAAAAACCUUAGCUUGUGGCCAAUAUACAAUCUUCAUCGCCCCUUUUCCAAAUCUUAAUCGAUCAUAUAGGAAGAUUUGGUACUCAGUGUUCUUCGAGAAUACACCGGAAGAGGAGAAGUAGGAGUUUCAUCACUCCGAAGUUGUUGAUUCUUUCUCCCGCGGGGUUUCUAUUGAUGCGGAUUGCCUAUGCCGCCGAAACAACAAUCUAAGUCGGAACUCGCGAAGAAGCAGAAGGUUGUCGAGGACAAGACCUUCGGUCUGAAGAAUAAGAACAAGAGCAAAAAUGUUCAGAAAUAUGUGCAGAGCCUCCAGCAAUCCGUCCAACCUAGGCCUGAUCCUUCCAAAGUGGCCGCCAAGAAGAAGCUGGAAGAUGAUAAGGCCAGAGAGAAGGAGCUGAAUGAUUUGUUUAAGGUUGCUGUUAACCAACCUAAAGUUCCACUUGGUGUCGAUCCCAAGUCUAUUCUAUGUGAGUUUUUUAAGGCUGGACAAUGUGCGAAAGGCUUCAAGUGCAAGUUUUCGCAUGAUUUAAAUGUGCAAAGGAAGGGUGAGAAGAUUGACAUUUAUAGUGACAAACGUGAUCAGGAAAGUACUGAAACAAUGGAUGAUUGGGAUCAGGAGACACUGGAAAAGGUUGUUGAAUCAAAGAAGUCAGAAUACAAUCAAAACAAGCCAACUGAAAUUGUUUGCAAGUUUUUCCUCGAGGCGGUAGAGAAAAAACAGUAUGGUUGGUUCUGGUCCUGCCCCAAUGGCGGCAAAGACUGCCAUUACAGGCAUGCUCUUCCUCCUGGAUAUGUUUUGAAAUCUCAAAUGAAGGCCUUGUUAGAGGAGGAAGCAGACAAAAAACCAAUUGAAGAUGAGAUUGAGGACCAGCGUGGAAAACUCUCUUCUUCCACUCCCAUGACGCCUGAGCUGUUUCAACAAUGGAAGGAUAAGAAGAUGGCUGAAAAGGAAGCUGCUCUUGCUGCAAAUCAAGCUGAGAGAGCGAAAAAUGAUCGCAUGAGUGGUCGUGAGCUCUUUCUUUCAGAUGCUAGUCUGUUUGUGGAUGAUGCAGAGGCAUAUGAGAAAUACCAAAGGGAAGAAUCAGAUAGUGAAGAGAAGCUGCAGGUUAAAAUGACUAAAACUGGCGAACCGAGCACUUCAAAACCUGUCGAUAAGAAUGAAAUUCUCGCCGAGGAUGAUGAUGACGACCUCGACAUUGAUGAAUUGAACGAACUGGAAGCAACCUUGUCAAGAACUACACUUGAAAUCCGUGAACCGGGCUUGCAGGCCUAAUCAGUACAGGUUUGCAUCUCUUCUGGAACAGGAUCCAUCCCUCAAAGUAACAAGCAGUUCUUGCUUAUGAGGCCAUACUGUUCUAAAAUCAUGUAGGCUUUCAAGCAUGAGAUAAUUAGUCUAAGAGCUGUGAUUGACAAACGAAUAGUUCUGAUUGACAAAUUUCAUUCGUGAGCUUGCUGUUGAAAACAAAUCAAAAUCUAUUCAGGAGCUGAACUCAUCUUAUUUCCACAUUGCUUUUUGAGAACCAAUAUGUAGAAACAUUUGGGUUGGCAGCGUAGAGGAAUUGGUUUUUUGGUAAAUGAACUGGGUGUUAUUUUGAAACAUGUUAUACUCUUGAAACUUA